AUGGUCCUUUACAACCUAAGUAGCUACAACACAGAUGCCUUCACCCUUUUGGGCAUCCCUGGACUUGAGCAGUACCAUGUCUGGAUCAGCAUUCCCUUCUGCUUUAUCUAUUUUGUGGCCAUUGUGGGCAAUAGUAUCCUUCUCUACCUCAUUGCCGUGGAGCAUAGUCUUCAUGCACCCAUGUUCUUUUUCCUUUCUAUGUUGGCCAUUACUGACCUGACAUUGUCUACCACAUGUGUCCCCAAAAUGCUUACCAUCUUCUGGCUUGGUCCCCAGAAGAUCAGUUUUCCCGGUUGCCUCACCCAAUUAUUCUUUCUGCACUACAGCUUUGUCUUGGAUUCAGCUAUACUGUUGGCAAUGGCGUUUGACCGCUUUGUGGCCAUCUGCUCACCCUUAAGAUAUACCACUAUUCUGACCCCCAGGACUAUUGUCAAAAUUGUUGUGGGACUUUCCUUUAGAAGUUUCUGUGUUUUUGUUCCAUGUGUUUUCCUUGUAAAUCAUCUACCCUUCUGCAGGACACAUAUCAUCCCUCAUACAUACUGUGAGCACAUAGGUGUUGCCCGGCUUGCCUGUGCUGACAUCUCCGUCAAUAUAUGGUAUGGGUUUUGUGUUCCCAUCAUGACGGUGAUUACAGAUGUGAUCCUAAUUGCUGUCUCCUACACUCUCAUCCUCCGUGCUAUCUUUCAGCUCCCAUCCCGUGUUGCCCGUCAGAAGGCUCUUGGCACCUGUGGUUCCCAUGUCUGUGCUAUCCUCAUGUUCUAUAUACCAGCAUUCUUCUCCAUCCUUGCACAUCGCUUUGGGCAUAAUAUCCCCCAUACUUUUCACAUUAUGUUUGCCAACCUCUAUGUAAUCAUCCCACCUGCACUCAACCCUAUUGUCUAUGGAGUAAAGACCAAGCAGAUCCGGGGCAAAGUCAUUCUUCUGCUCUUUCCUAAGGGGUCCCAGUGA